AUGGAAGAAUACAUCAACGUACUGAUUCACGUGAUUAAUAAGCCACACUUGAAUUACAACAAUGCAUAUGGAAGGAACAGCAACAAUGGCAAUCUUGGGAAUGGAAAAAGUGGCAGUAAGAAAAAAGCCAAGGGGGUUGGCAGUGCCAAAAAAAUCAGCGCAGAAAAAAUUAACGACACGGUGGAUAAUGGGCUGAACAGCUUUUUUAGGAUAAUACAGGAACGUAUAGGGGUUUAUGCGUCCGAUUUUGAUGAAGAGGAGGAGGACGACGAGGAAGUGGAAGAUGAGGAGAAAGUGGAGGAUGCUGAGGAGGAGGAGCAGGACGACGACCAGGUGGAUGAUGAAGCGGACGGCCUCGAUGAUGAGGAGGACGACGACGUGGAUGUUGACGAAGACGACGAAGAUGAUGAGGAUUAUGACAAGGAGGGCGACCAUGUGGACGACAAUGAGGUAGAAGACGUCGGCAAGGCUGGACAAGAUGACGAAGCAGGACACAAGGACGGAGGCGGCAACGAAUUUGCUCUGAGCGAUGGUAAUGCAAGCGGGAAAAAGAAGAAGAAGCGAAAAGACGUAGCCAAAGGGGACAAGCGCAAGGGAAACAGCAAAAGCAAUAGUGAAGGCACAAACAAACGCGCGAGUGGAGGCCCCAAUAAACGGGCCAGCAAACGAGCUAGUCAGCGCACCAACCACCCAUUAAAGCAGCGCACAAACAGAGGAACCAAUCGGGAGAAGCCUAAGGAUCCGAAGAAGGCCCUGCAAGGUGCCAAGCCCAAGGUGGAAGGAACAAAAAAAAAACCAACUAGCAGACGAGUGAAAAAAAAAAUCAUAAUGAACUCGGAAGAUGAAAGCAUUGACUUCUUCUCCUACUCAAGCAAUUCGAGCGAACCAUCCAGUCUGUCAAGUGAAUCAAGUGUCACAGACGAAAAUGAAAAAAUGUUUCUGAACGAUGCAUGCGCAAUAGAUGUAAAAUAUAUUAACAUCAUUUACACGGCCACUUGCUGUAUAUAUACAAUCCUGGACAUAUACCCGCAAACGAUAAGAUAUGUAAUUAACAACAAAGACGGGGUGAACAUCCUAAACAGAAAACUCAACGACAUUGAAUACAUCGAUGUAGCGGAAGUGAUUCUAAAGAUCUUCGAAAAAUUAGUAGAGAAAGAUCCUAUGCUUAUUUUGAAAAAGAAAAGUAUAAAAUACAUGUUGAUGCAUAUAGACUUUUACAAUGUCAACAUCCAGAAAAAAAUUUUCUUCUGUAUCAUCCAGAUGAUUAACAAUAUCAACAAACACAAGCACAUAACGAAAUAUAUAACUCCUUACUGUUCCAUUUUUACAAAUUUUUUUCACUUCCAUUAUAUUCAUAUACUAAAUAUUAUAUGCACCCUUUGGAGGUCUCUACUGGACAAAAUGAUCACCGUUCGGUUGGAGGAAGAGAACAAGCUGAGGAGGAAAGUCAGACGUUCUGUCACCGAUAGUAGUCUAGGUGCAAAAGGGGGGGGCUCGUCGGCGUGUAGAAGAGAUUCCAAGGAAGCUUCUUACUUGAGUAAGCUGCUGGAGAAGACUGAUAAGAGGAAAAAAAAAAAACACAAAAAGGAGGGUAUCUCUGAUGCAAAGGGAAGAGGCAAACUGAAGGAGUCAACGGGUACCCCAUCUUCGAAAAGCGGAAGGGCAAGAAAACAAACAGGAGAUGAUCCCCGCCAAGGGGAAGUGAUCGAAAUAUCGGAUGAAGAACAAAUGAGUGACUUUCACAAGGGAAGGGGCAACAACACCGGGGAUGACAGCAACUGUGAACACCCGGGCGGAGGAAAGUCAAACAUGGAGGUAAAAAAGAAGAGGGAAAACUCAACUAAUAAGAAGAGCAAGAAGAAGCCAAAAAAUUCCAUGAAAGAAACAGCGGAUGAAGGUGAGGAGGCCGACGAGGUUGGAGAAGUGCCCCAGAUUGUCGAAGUUGGAGAGGGUAGCGAAGAUGAAGAGGUGGAGGAAGAGGGAGAAGAAAGAAGGGGAAAAGCAAAAAGAGGGAUUAAAAAGAACAGCAAGUUGAGGAACGAUGAGAACCUCACCAGCUGCGCAUACGACAGAAGGGGGACCGACCCUAAGGAAAGCAGCAAUAAGGGGCAGGACAGAAGUAGAAGAGGCGCCAAGAGGGAGCAGAUAAAGGACGAAGAUGUGUACAUUUUGGAUGAGCAAUUACCCGACAGCACCAACUGCAAAAAUAUCAAGUCGAACGAGAACGUCAGUUUUUUGAGUUCCUUCUUAAGAGAGCCUGACUCGGUUAGUAUAUCAAAGGGUAGAAAUUCGAACAAGCCAAAGAAGGAAACUGCCCCUCAUGGCGCGAAAGAAGGGCCAAAAGAUUCCUCCAAAUUGGAGGGCACAUUCUCGGGCAAGGACGAAACGAAGAAGGCCACCUAUGUGUACCACCAAAACAAGCUUCUUCAGCAUAUGAUCCAUUUGAACAGCGACGAAAGCACCCACUUGAAGCUCUGCGCGGAGAUCGAAAGCAUAUACAGCAUUAACAUUCGAAAUAAUAUCAUUAAGUUGCUCACAGAGUCCCAAAUUGAGGAUAAUUUGUACGCCUUUAUGGAGACCUUUUACAUCAUUUCCAUUCUGGUGCACUACAGUGAUAAUAUAUUGGAGGAUUUCUGCAAUAGCGAAUUCCUGACCAAGUUCAGCGAGUUCUUCAAAAAUGAGAAGUACCAGAGUAAUAACUUUUUAACCCUAUACCUUUUGUUUACACUCUACUCUUUUUUGCCGAUGUGUACGUUCAACGGGUUGGUGAUUUAUGACUACGACAUGGGGACGAACCUAAGUGGCGAGUCAUUCUACAAUCGAGGGAAACCCCAAGACGGCGACGCGGAAGAGGGAAAGGACGGCAGCACUGGGGGAACGAACAACGUUGAGGUGGAUUCGAGUGACGAUGGAUUCUUCCCCCUCAACACUCGGCCCGGUGGAUACAUGCCGCACACCUUCCCCGUGGACGUGAAGAAGCACAAGAUAGAUUUUUACAGAAACCAUUUUAACCACCUGGCAACCCUAAUAAAGGUGAUCAUACCGAGUGUGUACAGAAUACACGCGGAGACCGUCUAUUUCAACAUCAAAUAUUUGUGCGUAGUUAUCACACUGUCUGUUUUCAUUUCAAUGUAUAAAAUAUCGUCGACCCUGGGUGACAAUGCGGAGUUCGUCAGCUGCCUUGAGUACAUUUUCUUGUACCACAAGGAAACGUGUGUCUUUAUCAAGAAUCUCGUUUUGAAUAACCUCUCCGAAUCCUCAGUCAUUAGUGGCAUUAUCAUGUGUAGAAUUGUAGAGCAUUUUACAGCACUCAUUGGGAGAAAUUCCCUGUUCGCGUCUGUGAAGGGCCAGGAGGAGAGGGGAAACCAUGCAACUUGUGAUAAUAGAAACGGCUAUGCGAUUGAUGAAGGCAAUACCCAUGUGCUGUCCUCCUUAUCCUACGACCAAGGAUUCUACCUACACGUGCUAAACAAUAUCAUUAGCAACACUUUGCAAAAGAAAAUGGACGAAAUAGAUUCCAACUGUGGAAAUAAUUACAUGUGUCCCAACAAAGAAAUCUACAAUAUUAUGUUUUGCUACUUUUACGAGCUGUACAAGAAAGGAAAGACCAGCCAUGACGGUGUUGGAAAGGCCCUCUGUGAGAAGGGCAACUUCCUAUUUUUCAAUCGGGAAAGAGAAAUGAGGAAUAUUUCCCUCGAAUUUGAGGUGAUAUUUCUGAACUACGAAAAUGUGAAGUUAUCCAAGGAGAAGAACAAGAUGACGAACGACAGCGAAUCCAUACGUUUAAGUCACCUCAUUGUUGACGAGCGGACAUGCUACAAUGCCAUCGUUUUGAGUUACUGCUAUUUGGUUAAUCUGUUUGCUCACCUAUCCUCCAUGGGCGAAGACGCCUCUAUCUACUUCUAUCAAUACAAUGUGGCAAAGCGCCUGUAUUUUUUUUUGUUUCAAAAGUUGUUUUAUCAGGAUGGGCGGAGUAAAAUGGGGAAGAAAUGGAAUGACGACAUUUGCUUUAGAGCCAGCUCCCUCCCAUGCGGCGACCUCAACCGGAGAAACGUUCUAAAUCUGCUAAAGAGGAUUGACAGAAAUAUUAGGCUGUACAUCUUUUUAUACGCUCUGCUAUUUGGCAACCAUAAAAAAAAGGGAGAACUCGUGCAGGGGUUAUUUUUGAACAGCGUGAAAACGUUGUAUGGGCUAUUUUACCAAAUGGGGGGAGACCAAAUGAUCGACGAAAUUGAUGAGGUGCAACUGGACAGAAUGAAGGGAGUGAUGACGGAUAUUUUCGACACAUACCACUACUACCUAAUUAGGAAUAACCUCUCCUUUACAAAGUGUUCGCUACUCAUUCGGUUGACAAAGGAGUGCCUAAACGUAUAUGACAAUUUGCCCCUCUACUUUUUCAAAGAGAGUAGGAACGCUCCUAACAACAGCAGGAGCUAUGGUGCUGCGAUAAAACCAGAGGCCGGAAUCAUCCCUUUAGAAAGACCCGAUUUUGUUUAUCACCAAGGAAAUAGUAACGUCCAUUCCUUGACUAAACACUAUGAUGAUUUCCCUUCGCUAAGAAGCGACAACCUCAAUUCGCUCUUUAUCCCCAAAUACAAGAAAAACAACAAUGAUGCUCUUAUUAAAGCUUUGAAGCAGAGAAGGAAGAAGGGGAAAAACGAGGACGACGUUGGGGCUAGUGGCAAAUGUAGCCCUAACGAAUUUGCUGACCAGAAGAAGAAAAUGAAUGCCGAUUUGUCACGUUGCAAGGAGGGCACAGUAGGUGAUGCUGCCGCCGAGGGGGAGCUGACAAAUGAGGGAAACGGCGAGGUGGAGAAGGAGAAGAAGGGCCAGGUGGAGGACGAAGAGGGAGACCAAGACGAGGUCGAUUUUGACGUGAAUUCCGAAAAGAUGCGCAUAAUAGAGAACAUCCAGAGGGAGUUCCAGAUGGGCCAAGCGGAUGAGGCGAAUGAGCCGGACGACGUGAAUGACGCGAAGGACGCACACAACACAUAUAGGGCACGCCGCUCACGCGAAGAAAAUCGGGGCAACCCAAUCAUACCCAUCAUCGACGUCUUAAAGGAGAUCUCCAAAGAAGUGCAAAUCAUAAGGGAAAAGGAUCCUGAUGAAACGAAGCAGCAAGGAGUGGCAAACGCCAAUCAUGUAGACAGCAACGCAGGAGGAGAAGGAAUAAUGGACAAGGUCUCCUCUAUAUUUAGCCACAAGGCAAAUAAAGAAAAGAAAAAAAAAAAAAACAAAUUCAAUGAAAGCAAGAAGGGACCUAAUAGUCUAUUUGAUUAUUUCACAGGAAGCAAUUACAAACAUUUUGACUACAUCCCGAAGGAUUCAUUUUAUGAAAAUUUAUUUUAUGAUAAUAAUGACAGCGCAGCGUGUGAUAAAAAAAAACAGAAGAGCAUAUAUAAUAACUACAACUGUCACUUCCCUGUGCAUUUGAGGAGAAACGGUCUCUACGUCGACAACGUGUCGAUUUUUAGUUCCCUCACUGAAGGUUUGCCCAUCUCGUUGUGCGUGGAGAAGAUGAAUCUCGACUCACCCGAAACGAGCGCAGGAAGUGAAGCAAACGAGUCCACGGCGUUGAACGAGUUAACUUCGCAGGGAGGGCAACAUUUAUCUGAAUGCAAAGCGAUCACGGAUGAGGUCGCAAAUCCCAGGAGGGACAGCACAACGGUGGAAAUCACAAACAAUCAGGCGAAGCAAAUGAGCACUAACAUCGGAGGAGGAAGCUCAAAAUUGCAAAGAAGCCCCAGAGGCGUGUUUCCCAACAGAAAUGCCUACACCAAGGACGUCACCCACAAACUGCUCUUCUUCGGAAGGAACUACCAAGAAAAGCCAAAGAACCUACAUGCGACCUUCAACAUAUUUGAUUCGCUUAAUAAGAUAGAAAGCUACAUAAGGAAAAAUUUAAACAAGAGCAAUAAAAAUGCCUCUGCAAAGUACUACUCGAAGGAGGAAGACUUAGUGAUCCUGUCACUUAACGGUGUUGAUGUACAGAAAGAUUCCUGCCUUUCCGAGUAUCUGAUAAAACUUAACGAUUUGUAUUAUAUGAACAGAAAUUCAGCUUGCCUCAAUGAAGAAAAUAUUUUUUACAACACGGAUAAUUUUUACGUGUACAACGAUAUUGUAGAGUUACUUCCUAUACAUUAUGGGCAGAUGAAAAACCAAAUAAGGUACCUAUGGAAUGGGCAUGAAGAUGGAAAUUCCGCUUCGGAGAAUUAUUCCCUUGGUGGUUUCCUCAACAAAGGUGAUGGUUAUCCCCCUCACAUCGGCAACAACACUCAUAGGAUAAAUUUCAAGGUGAUUAAAAAGAGAAAGCAAAAUGAACCCUCUUGCUUGAAUUUUUUGCCCGAUGAUUUUAGCGGUAAAGGCAAUAUACACAUUGUGUCCAAGAAAAAGAGAACAAACAACAGUGCAGCUGAGCUGAGUGAGGAAACCAAGAGGAAGUUCUGCGAAAGGAGAGAAAACCAGGGCGAGCUUCACAGCUAUGUAGAUCCCAUUACAUUUAGGAAAAUCAAAUCGAGCAUUGAAACCCCGUUAAACUGUAGAAUCGUUAGCGAGAAGUUUAACUUUUUUAGCAUUUCCUUCGACUUGGUUAAGAAUUUGUACAACGCGGAUGAUCUGCAAGGUGGCGCGAGGAAUGCGCAGUUUGCUGAAAACGGGCGGUUGGGGAAUCCCCCUCAAAAGGGCUUCUUCACCAUGUUGAAAGGUGACUCGACAGAGAACGCAAAGAAUAGGGAACUAUUGACACAGGAACCUCAGCAGGGCGGUUUGGAAGCAACGGGGGAAUCAAGCAAGGAUGCAAGUGCUAGGCUAACUUCGGGAGCGAAUAACGUGGACCUCACAGAUGCCCAAUACUACGAGGACGAGUAUGAUGCGGACCGGAUGAUGUCCUACGAGAAGCACCUCUCGGAGGGGGAAGAGAAACCCUCCUUCUUGAUAGACUACCUGAAGGAACACUACAGAAAGAAGGAGUUGAAUUUUUUCCUAUCGCAGAGAAAUUGUGUGGAGAGCGAUUCGAUGUAUCUAUCGACAUUUUUAAAGACCGAAAUGAGGAAGGUAACCGAGCUGGUUUUCUUGGAGGACCACUACAUUAAUAAGGACGUGAUGUUGAGCACGCAUCUACACAACAUUAACUUUUUGGUGCAUCAGGGGGAGGAUGACAUGAAGGAGAGUAGUGCAUCGCGAAGGGAAAACAUCGUUGAUAAAAUUCAUAGGAACAGAGAGAGGGAAAGGUCCCUAUAUGUGAAGCACCGCAAGGGUGGAGCCACCAACCAGGAACCCAUAAUAAGUGAACAAGGAAAAGAGAGUAAUCAACAGAAUGACGUUAUCACAAAUGAGGAGGAUCAGUACCUCCUCUUUAACUAUAUGCCUAUGUACAGCGAAAUUGUGAAAAGAGACCAAGUUUAUGUCCCUUCGACGGCACGGGGUUGUGGAUCUCGAAAGGCAGAUCGAUUUGCCCGCAGAAUUAGUAGUCGUUCAGGCCAAGCAGCAAAGGGAAAGUUUCAACAAGCACGAGACGAAGAUAAGGAUAUUUUCCUACAAAACAUAUACAAUUUUAUGUUUUUCAAGUUUCUUUACCUGCUGUGCAGACAUUUUAAUAUGUGUGACAUUCCUUCGUUACUGACUUUUUACGUGAAUAACAAGGCAGGGGAUAAUUCCAUGUGCAGAAUGCGGGAUGUUGAAUGGAGUGGCAACAGUAUGUUGAACGAGGAAACGAUAAAAGAGAUGAAUAGCCUCCUGGAGGACACCUUUUUAGAAAGAGCAGCGGAAGGAGCACAUGCGGAGAAUAAGGCGAAUCCCCCGCAUGAGGAAAAAGAUCCCGUGGUGAGCAGAGAGGACAUAAAGAAAAAGUGUUUCAUCCUCAACAGCAUUAACAACAAAGUGAUGUACUGCUUGAAUAAUCCUCUCUUUCUCUUCAGUGAAAAGAUCCCGUCAUGGGUAUAUCAGAUUUUUUACCUCUUCAAUUUUGUGGUGGACAUUGACAUAAGGCUGUUAUUUUUUGAGCUAAUUUAUUUUGGAAAUUAUAGAGGCCUAUAUAAUUACAAGCAGAAGAUAAAAGAAGUGGUGGAAAAAUUCAACGACAAAAUAAGUCUCGCUAAUAAGUCCGUAACGGAGGAGCAUCUACUCUCCGUUUGUGCAAAUCAUACAUAUAACUGUGAUAAAAAGAAGCUCUUUAAUUUCUUGUCCGAUAAUACAGCUUUAACGUUGCCAAGGACGAAGAUUAAAUUGCACAGAAACAAGAUGGUCGACUCAUCCUUCCGUAUAUUUAACCAUAUACAUUUUAUCAAUUCAAACUUUAUUACUCCCUCCUAUUUGGAUAUCGAGUUCUUCAAUGAGGAAGGCACAGGCUUGGGGCCUUCCCUAGAGUUCUACAAUGAAGUGAUAGAGGAGUUAAAGAAGGAAAAACUGAAGCUGUUCAAAUUGGAGGACAAUUACUUGUUUCCUCUUUCCUACAAAAUUGACUUAAAUAAUUUCGACUUUAAUUUACUGAGGAAGCCGAAGAGUUCGGAACUGAUGGGGCUGAAGAGCGGCUCGAGCAGCGCAAACAACAUAAAUGGAGGUGCUCACAGUGGAGGAGACAAUUACUACGCGUAUGCCAGUCACCUUGGCAACGUCAGUAGCAAACCUUACCAUUUGCAAAAUGUUAACACAAGUCACUCAUCGUCGUCAUCGCUGAACAAACGCAUAAACUUGAUUAGCGAAGGGGCGGACGGAAGCAGCUACCAUUCGGUGAACAGCCUAAUUAACCACUUUCUCUACUCCAUGAGUUCGAAUGUGUUUACCAGUGAAAGUAACAGCUUCGGGAAGUAUGAAGACUUAUCCGAAAUGGAAUUCCUGGGCAACAAGUUUAAAUACAAAAAGGGGAAGAAGUAUUCUGAGAAUAUUAAAAAGGGUGGUAAAAAAAAUGAGACCAAGAAAAAGAAUAAUGCAUCUACCGGGGGGGAUGCAACCAACAUAGGCAGUGCCAGCAGCACAAGCAGGAGGGACAAGAAAAAAAAUGAACAGGAAAAAGCCCCAAGUGAGAGCAACAGGAAGGGGGACGACCAACUAUUCACCGACAGUGACGUAACGAAAGGGAGAAACGAACAGAAGAAGAAGUCCAUCAACGACGGUGAUGACCAAGCGGAGGAGGAGGACGAGGAUGAUCAGGAGGAGGAUGAGGGUGAUACCCUUGGGGAUAACAACACCUGUGGUGAGGCUCACCGCAGCGAUAAGGCUGACUCAAGUGUUAAGAAAACAAUUCCCGCAACGAGCAGCGCAUGUUCGUACAAAAAGAACACCACGUUUGACAUCAGAAUGGAGAGCACAAUUAAAUUGGGGGAAGAGGAAUAUAUUAACUCUGACAAAAAUAAAAAGAAAAGGAUUAGGUGUUACGUAGGUUCGGCUGAGAAGCAGGAGGAGGAGAGUAAGAAGAAGAGCCUGAUGAGUGAGAGGAAGAUAGCCGAUACGAAGGGAGGAUCAUCACCAGUGGGAAACUCAGAAAGCGUGCAAAUAAAGCAGGCGCGGGAAGACUGUGCGGAGGACUGGGGAAAUACGGUUGACCACGUUGGGAAGGAAGUAAGCCAGGGCAUUGAAAGAAUUUCCCCCCGUGCGGAUACGUGGAGUAGCACAGCCAAGACAGGUGAAGACCCACAACGUCCCGGCGCCCAAUCGGAGGAAGAAAAACAGCCCGAUUCGGCAGACGAGACGGAAAAUAUACGAAAGAACAAUUUGAAGAAAAAGAAAACAGACAAGAGGCCGGGCAGCAAGAAUCACCAUGCGUCUAAAUUUAGCGAAAUAGAGGAUGCGCCAAUCGGUACGGCUCCAAACAAAUCGACGAGAGUGUCGGAUGUAGCGAGCAGCUCCAGAAACGUAAGUAACGUGUCGGUGAAGGAGGAGAAAGCUGAAAGGCACUGCUGUAAGUUGUUGGACAAGGGUGUAGAUAGUAAGGAAGACGGGGCGAAGAAAACAAAACUUGAUAAAUCGAAUAAGCAGGAGGAUACGAAAAUGGUAAAAAGUGAAGACAGCAAAAAGAAAUAUCUCCUCUCGCAGGAAGUUCAACAAGAAGAAGUCACUGACAACAACGAGAAAAAGGAAACCAGCGAAAUGGAGAACAAAAAUGUGCACGUCAAACGAUAUAAGCUAUUUACUAAAGACUUCGAGCAGCAUUUUAUGAAGGAAGAAAAUGAUAUGGAAGUAAAGAGACAGCAGGAGGCACGCAGAAAAAUGAACCUAAACGAUGAAGCAGACUUAUCCCGAUCAGUGACGCAAAAUAUUAUCAAUUCACUCCUAAGCGAAAUGGAAAACAAAUCCUCCUCACAGCGGAUUAAAUUAAAGUCAUCGAAUGAAGCAAAUGAAAAGAUCAAGGGGGAUGCUUCUCAAAACAAUGAUAAUAACGAUGAGCCGAGCAAACCGACCGCCAGCAAUGUAAGCAAAAAGUUGAGUGAAAACUUUCAAAAGAAAUUGCAAGAGAAGAGCAGAAAGAAGGUGACCAAUAUUGAACAGGACACACUUGAAAAUAGACUUUUUAAGUACUUCAAAUUGUUGGGUCAAUUGUGUGCAAAAAUUUUAACAGACAAUAGGAACGUAAAUGUCAAUUUACAUCCCCUGUUUUGGUACCUCGUUAUGAACAACUCCGGAUAUGUCAACAUUUCUAAGUUUCAGCACUAUCAUGCGAUCGACCGAGUCAACAUGAACAGCAUAAAUAAACUGCUGGAGUAUCGAAAGGAGAACAAAAAUGUUGAGGAUUUGCUGCUCGAUUUUACCCUAUUAGGGAGCGACCCGCCUGUUGAGCUGAUCCCCAAUGGAGCCAACAUUGCAGUGAACAAUGAGAAUCUGGACCUGUUCAUAACUAAAACCAUCGAGUAUUCGCUGUACGAAGGGAUAAAGUUUCAGAUAUGGGCUUUCCGAUUCGGCUUCAGCACGAUCGCCCCCCUUUUGUGCACGAAUAUCUUUGACGAAGAGGAAAUUUGCGAGUAUCUGUUCGGCAGCAAUAUCGAGAAUGACGAGCACUGGACGAAGCUGCACCUGUCGACGUAUAUUAAGCCGGACCAUGGGUACACAAACCAUUCCGUUACAUUUAUCAUCCUGAUCGAAAUAUUAUCGGAGUUCAACAAGGAAGAGAGAAAGCUCUUUGUUAAGUUUUGCACCGGAACGUCCGCCUUGCCGAAUAAAGGAUUUGCAGCCUUGAAGCCACUAAUGAAAGUUGUGAAGAAGGAGGACAAUAACGAUUUGCCCAGUGUGAUGACCUGCACCAACUACUUAAAAAUUCCCGAUUAUAAAAAUAAAGAGAAGCUGAGGAACAGAUUGUUGUACGCCAUUAAUGAAGGCCAGAAGAUUUUUUCCUUAUCGUAG